AUGGAUAAGACACCUCCAACUGCACUAACUGAACCUUCUGACAUGAAGACAGCAACUCAAGAGCCCCCACCAAAUGACUGGCUGACUUCCACUGUGACUUGGAAAUCAGAAAGCUAUGCCUCUGGAGAGAGCCAGCAUGUGAGCAAAGGCGAUCCAAGCAGCUCCUCUUCAUGGCAACCUUGCAAGUCACUUGGGACUUUGUAUUCUCAACAUUCAGGGAAAGGCCAAAAGAGGAAAUGCCAGGUGGAAGGUGAAAAGGAUGUCUGGUCAGAAAAGCCAAGCCAACCUCUAAAGCAGCAGAAGCAGGAAGACCAUGAAAGAGAGCUUGGGUGUGAAGAGCUAGGCAAGGGUCAGAUAAAAAAACUCCCAAAAGAGGCUGGAUUACAGCUGAAGCCCUCAGAGUGCACCAAAGACCCUGGGCAAGAGGCUGUGACUGAGGUGAAGUGUGUUGAUGGAGGCCAAGGUCCCAAGCAUCCCCACAUCAACAUGGAGGAUGGUGUUCAGAAACACCACAAUGGAAUGUACCCAAGUUUAGUGGUACACCUUCAACCCAGUGAUCCUGCAAGCUCUGACUUUGUCGGUUCUCACAAGAUUCCAGUGGAUGCCUCAGAAAAGAUCAGUGUCUGUGUACAUGAGCAGAUUCAUGCUCCUCAAACACCUCAAAUCUGCACAGACAGAGUCAGCAACAAAGUGCCAAUACCCAAGGCCAAAGGAAAGACUCCUGAAGACCAAGACAAGAGCACAGGGCUGGACCAUGGCCCUCACAUCACAGAGGACAUGCAAAAGGAAAUCAGUAGUGCUCUAGGCCCAGGGCCACAGGAGGAGAUCUUGAGUCAUGCCUUCAAUAUGAAAAUUACUCGAGGAGACAUGCACACCUUGAGGGACACCCAGUGGCUCAAUGACACAGUCAUCAAUUUUUACAUGAAUCUUCUCAUGGCCAGAAAUCAAAGUCAAGGAUACCCUGCACUUUAUGCAUUUAAUACCUUCUUUUACACCAAGUUACAGAGUGGGGGCUACAGGUCAGUCCAAAGAUGGACCAAGACAGUAAACCUCUUUGCCAAGGAACUGAUCCUGAUGCCCAUUCACCAGGGUGUUCACUGGAGCCUGGUGGUGACAGACCUAAGAGAGAAGAGUCUUGUCUACCUGGACUCAAGGGGCCACAAGAGACCAGAUGUCCUCCAGCUGAUUUUCCACUAUCUGCAGGAUGAGAGCCAAGUGAGAAGGAAUGUGGAGCUGAACCCUUUGGAGUGGAAGCAGUACAGCAUGGAAGCAGAGGACAUUCCUCAGCAGAAGAAUGGCAGUGACUGUGGCAUGUUUACCUGUAAAUAUGCAGACUACAUCUCCAGAGGCCAGCCCAUCACCUUCUCUCAGCAGCAUAUGCCUCUAUUUAGGAAGAAGAUGGUGUGGGAGAUCCUGCACCAGUGCCUACUGUAG